GGGAGUUGAGGCUAUUAGGGUUUUCGAUUCGGGGCUGUGUGAUUUCUUGGUGCAAUUUAGUUCGAUCUUUGCUUCUCACAGCUCUAUCAAUUCUUCGAUCAAUUGGAGUGAGAUGGAUCUGGAGACAGAAAACAGAAUUGCUGCUAUUCUUUUGAAAGAAGCGGCUGAACUUCGGAGACAGGCAGAUAGAGAUGGUGUUGGUGUUUAUCUUCAGAAACCUAAUGUGAGGGGUCGGCCAAAUUCACGGUUCCUAACUGCAACCGUUCUUGGUGUGCAACAAGCGAAUCGAGCUGUGGAAGUGAAUGAGAUGUGGCGAGUCCGACAAAAGGAGCUAGAAUUAAAUGAUAGAGUCAAAAAGAGAUCAAAAGAUGUUAGUGGCAGUGGCAGGAACCAUAGGGAUAUUGACAACUCUGCUAGAAGCACAAGUAAGAGGCAUGAUGACAACGCCAGUACUUCAUACAUAUCUAGCAAAAGAGUGAUGGAGAAUUGUUAUUCAAGGAAAGAUGAAGGAUUAAGAGACAAAGAGGUUGAGGAAUUUCUGCACUCGAGGACCAAGCGUGGCCGAGGUUCUGUAGGUUCUAGGAUGGAUGAAACAGGGCCUUACCUUCCCACUAGUUCUGACUCACCAAGGAGACUUUCACCAACCCCUGUUGCCAAGGAACGGCAUGUUAUGCUUGGUCCAGAGAAACCUUCAUCACUGAGGUUCCAUGAUUCUUCUUCUGAUGAGGAGCUCGCUGAGAAGCCUUCAUCGUGGAAGUCUCACUCUCAUGGACUAUCAUCAUCUGAUGAGGAGCUUCAUAAGCAUCGGAGUAAGAAGAGAAAGAAAGUCCACUCAAGCUCAGACAAGAAGAGCUCCAGGAAGCACAAAUUGAAAGAGAAAUCUAGAGUUAAGAAAAAGAAGAGGAAGGAGGAGAGAAGAAAGUAAAAGUUGCUAAUAGGACUGUUCUGUUUUACAGGUUCUUUCACACAAGCAGACAUAAAAAGUGAAUCUCAAGUGAACCGUAUGCUAAUUGUAUUGGGUGUACAAAUGCAUUUUCUCCUUUCAUUGAUAUAUAAUUUGAGGCAUAGGAUAAUUGCCAGAUGCAAUUGACCUGUCUUGUUAUGUUUCUUUUGACGGCUAAUCCUUGGAACUCAAGGACACAAAGGUAUGAGCUUAUAGACCAGAUCGUGUUCAAGUAAGGUCGUCUUUGAAAUGUUAAUCCUUUUUCCUUUUCUAUAUUUUGCGAAGGAUAAUCCUAUGGCAUAUUAGAACAACCAUUCGAAGAUUCAAAAUAGAUGGGCGCAGGCAAGCUUUAAGUCAUAUGCUUGAUCGCACAUGUUGAGUGAACAAUUUACAGAACGUAGCUACCACAACAGUCUGAUUUAUUUUGGGAAAGUGGUGGUGCAGGAAAACCAGAUUGUAUGCCCAUCCAGCCUUGUACCAGGCCAAUGUUGGAAGUGUUCUCUUAUAACUCAAGAAAAAAUUAAUUUUGAA